GCCGCCCUCUCGGAGCGCUGCCUGCACUUCCGGGGGCCUCAAGCCGGGCUCUAGAGUCUUCCGGUAGGCGGCGCGGGAGGAAAAAGAGGCUUGAGGGGCAGGGCCGGGCGGAUCCCCUUCUCUCCCAAUGUGAGCAGUGUCCCAGGCCCCCGUCAGGCGAAGGCUGCCCAGAGAGGUGGAGCCGGUGGCCGGGCCGGGAACAUGAGGCAGUGUCUCCUCUUCUUGACCAGCGUGGUUCCUUUCGUGGUGGCGCCGCGACCUCCGGACGAUUCCCCGGAGCGACUCGAAAAGCUUGAUUCUUUACUCUCAGACUACGAUAUCCUCUCUUUAUCCAGUAUCCAACAGCACUCAGUAAGAAAAAGGGAUCUACAGGCCUCAACACAUUUAGAAACACUACUGACUUUUUCAGCUUUGAAAAGGCAUUUUAAAUUAUACCUGACAUCAAGUACUGAGCGCUUUUCCCAAAAUUUCAAAGUCGUGGUGGUAGAUGGUAAAGAUGAAAGUGAGUACACCGUCAAAUGGCAGGAUUUCUUCAGCGGACAUGUGGUUGGUGAGCCUGACUCUAGAGUUCUAGCCCACAUAGGAGAUGAUGAUAUUACAAUAAGAAUCAACACAGAUGGGGCAGAAUAUAAUAUAGAGCCACUUUGGAGACUAAUUAAUGAUACUAAAGACAAAAGAAUUUUAGUUUAUAAAUCUGAAGAUAUCAAGAAUGUUUCACGUCUACAGUCUCCAAAAGUGUGUGGUUAUAUAAAGGCGGAUAAUAAAGAGUUGCUUCCAAAAGGGCUGGUAGACAGAGAGCCACCUGAUGAGCUUGUUCAUCGAGUGAAGAGAAGAGCUGACCCUAAUCCCAUGAAGAACACGUGUAAAUUGUUGGUGGUAGCAGAUCAUCGCUUUUACAGAUACAUGGGCAGAGGGGAAGAGAGUACAACUACAAAUUACUUAAUAGAGCUUAUUGACCGAGUGGAUGACAUCUAUCGGAACACUUCAUGGGACAAUGCGGGUUUUAAAGGUUAUGGAAUACAGAUAGAGCAGAUCCGCAUUCUCAAGUCUCCACAAGAGGUGAAACCUGGUGAAAGGCACUAUAACAUGGCAAAAAGUUACCCGAAUGAAGAAAAGGAUGCUUGGGAUGUGAAGAUGUUGCUAGAGCAAUUUAGCUUUGAUAUAGCCGAAGAAGCAUCUAAAGUCUGCCUGGCACAUCUUUUCACCUAUCAAGAUUUUGAUAUGGGAACUCUUGGGUUAGCUUAUGUUGGUUCUCCCAGAGCAAACAGUCAUGGAGGCAUUUGCCCAAAGGCUUAUUAUAGUCCAAUUGGAAAGAAAAAUAUCUAUUUGAAUAGUGGAUUGACCAGCACAAAAAAUUAUGGUAAAACCAUCCUUACAAAGGAAGCUGACCUGGUAACAACUCAUGAAUUGGGACACAACUUUGGAGCAGAACACGAUCCGGAUGGCCUAGCGGAAUGUGCCCCAAAUGAGGACCAGGGAGGAAAAUACGUUAUGUAUCCCAUCGCUGUGAGUGGAGAUCAUGAGAACAAUAAGAUGUUUUCAAACUGCAGUAAGCAGUCCAUCUAUAAGACCAUUGAAAGUAAGGCCCAGGAGUGUUUUCAAGAGCGAAGCAACAAAGUGUGUGGGAACUCCAGGGUGGACGAAGGAGAGGAGUGCGACCCUGGCAUCAUGUACCUGAACAAUGACACGUGCUGUAGCAGUGACUGCAUGCUGAGGGCGGGCGUGCAGUGCAGUGUUGGAGAAUCCUGUUUAAUGGCAUACACUAAAUGCAGAGGAAGCAGGUUACAAAUUAGAAGUACCUGUGUUUCCAUGUUGCUGACUGGUGCCUGGCUUAGCGUAGAAGGGGAGAACUUGACUUUAUGUGAUAGGAACAGUCCUUGCUGUAAGAACUGUCAGUUCGAGACUGCCCAGAAGAAGUGCCAAGAGGCUAUCAAUGCCACUUGCAAAGGCGUGUCUUACUGCACAGGUAACAGCAGUGAGUGCCCCGCUCCUGGCAAUGCUGCAGAUGACACGGUGUGCUUGGACCUCGGCAAGUGUAAAGAUGGGAAGUGCGUCCCCUUCUGUGAGAGGGAGCAUCGGCUGGAGUCCUGUGCGUGUAACGAAACCGACAACUCGUGCAAGGUGUGCUGUAGGGACCCCUCGGGCCGGUGUGUGCCCUACGUUGACGCUGAACAGAAGAACUUAUUCUUGAGGAAAGGGAAGCCCUGUACGGUGGGCUUCUGUGACAUGAAUGGCAAGUGUGAGAAGCGAGUACAGGAUGUCAUCGAGCGAUUUUGGGACUUCAUUGACCAGCUGAGCAUCAAUACUUUCGGAAAGUUUUUAGCGGACAAUAUCGUAGGUUCCGUCCUGGUUUUCUCCUUGAUAUUUUGGAUCCCCUUCAGCAUUCUUGUCCAUUGCGUGGAUAAGAAACUGGACAAGCAGUAUGAGUCUCUGUCUCUGUUCCACCCCAGCAACGUGGAAAUGCUAAGCAGCAUGGACUCGGCCUCGGUUCGCAUCAUCAAGCCCUUUCCUGUGCCCCAGACCCCCGGCCGCCCGCAGCCCCUGCAGACCGCCCCUGUGCCGCCCGUACCCGCAGCUCCCAAACUGGAGCCCCAGCGAAUGGACACGAUCCAGGAGGACCCCAGCACAGACUCGCACGUGGAUGAGGACGGCUUCGAGAAGGAUCCCUUCCCCAACAGCAGCAGUGCCGCCAAGUCCUUUGAGGACCUCACGGGCCGUCCGGUGACAAGAAGCGAGAAGGCCGCCUCCUUCAAGCUGCAGCGUCAGAACCGCGUGGGCAGCAAGGAGACCGAGUGCUAGGCUGGGCUUCCUGAGCGCGGGCUUCAGCACGCACAGGGUUUUUGUACGACGGACUUGAAAUCCCUGCGUCCAUUUUGUGAAGCUUUGGGAGAAAUAAGGGACUUCACAGCAGAUGCUGGUCAUGUGUUUGGACUCCUUCACACACACAAAUACUUGUGUGCUUAGGCCCUUGUCCUUUGGAAGAGGUAAGGUGAAUCUAGCUUAUUUUGAGGCUUUCAGGUUUUAGUUUUUUUGGCUUUCAAAAUACCCUUCAACCUGUGGUGCAAAAGCAGAAAAUACAGCUGGAUUAGGUUAUGAAUAUUUACAUUUUUGUAAAUUGACCUUUUUAUUGAGAAUAGCACUGAUUAAGGAGAUGAUCAAUUUUUUGUUUUUUAUUUUAUAUACACUGUAAUGAUCCGCUGACUAUCAGGAGGCAUUUAGCAGUUACUUGUGAGGAUAACUGGAACACAGAUUUUAUUUUUUGCCUUCAGGUAAAGACAAAGGAGAGAAAACGGAGUUACACAUUCUUUCCAAAGUGUGGGUUCUGUUUUUAGGCAUUACCCAGAGCUUUUAGCAGCAGGGAGAAUCACCCAGCUUAUUCCCAAAGAUAGAUGUGUUAAUACGGUUUUUCGGAUUCUAAGAAUUAAAACACAAUCUAGCUUACAGGUAGCCAAAUUGAAUUUACAGAAUCCUGCCAACUGCUCAGGGCCCCAAUGUGCCCGGCAGUUUUUGUUUUCUAAGUUUAUCUAGUACUGUUGCCGUGUUCGUAAAGGGCUCGCCAUUCACAAAACCGAAACAACUUCAAAAUGAGAGCAUGGUUUCCUAGUGGCCAAGAAGUACGUGAGCUAGUUCUCCCCAAAGAACGGUGGCCUUGAAAGGCCGAGGCGUUGUGCUGAGCGGGGGGCGGCACGCUGCCUCUCUCGGGCCUGCGGCUCCCCCCCCCCCCCCGCCGGUUCCUGAAAACCCCUGGUGGUGACCUGGAGGUGGACCCUGCAUCCCUUCUUGCUUUAGUGCUUUGGGACUGUGUGCAUUUACUUUGUGAAGGAUAAAAAUCAUCAAAUUGAACUCUGAUUUCCUUAAAAUUAUAGUUAAAAGCUUUCCCCUCCCCAAGUACUGAAAUGUGCUCAUAGCCAACACAUUCUAACGGAGAUAAUUUGUAAAUUUUGAGGGCAAUUAACUGAACCUGUGAUAAAUCGAAUCUUUCCUUCUAAGGACGUUUCUUAUGCAGAUGCCUGUUACACUAAUACUUGAACUUAUACCUUGUGGUGUUUGCUGUCUUAACUAGUCCUGAUACAGUUUAGUUACACUUUCAGAAUCUGAUAGAAGGUGAGUGGGUGUAUGUGAGAGUGAACAGUUCCCAGCUCAAUGUAAGAAAACUUUUUUAUAAAAUUGUGACUUUUUAAACAAA